CGAUUAGCAACGACAAGUCUGGACCUGACUGCGCUAUCAUUCGAAGAUGGCGGACCUCCUAGGGUCAAUCUUAAACUCGAUGGAAAAGCCUCCCACAGUCGGCGACCAGGAAAGCCGACGAAAGGCUAGAGAGCAAGCUGCAAGACUUAAGAAGAUGGAAGAGGAGGAGAAACGAAAGAAAGCAGAGUUCAGGAAAAAGAUGGAGAAAGAGGUGUCAGAUUUUAUUCAAGACAGUUCACAACAGAAAAGAAAAUACAAACCUAUGGGGAAGAUUGAAAGGAGUAUAUUGCAUGAUGUUGCAGAAGUAGCUGGCCUGACCUCUUUUUCAUUUGGGGAGGAUGAGGAGAGUCGUUAUGUCAUGCUUUUCAAGAAGGAGUUUGCCCCAUCUGAUGAAGAGCUAGAAGCCUAUCGCAAAGGUGAAGAGUGGGAUCCUCAGCUGGCAGAACAACGCCGCAAAUUUAAAGAACAGGCUGCACUGGAAGAAGCGGCAUCCAGUCAGACAGAGAAGAUGCAAGCAUGUCCCAACUCCAACUACAGAGACAAAUACAGUCAUUUGAUUGGCACCUCAGCUGCUAAAGAUGCAGCACAUACACUGGAGGCCAACAGGGCUUAUGGCUGUGUGCCAGUGGCAAACAAAAGGGACACCCGCUCCAUAGAGGAAGCCAUGAAUGAAAUCAGAGCAAAGAAACGGCAAAAGCGUGAGGAUGACACAGUGGCACAGGGCAGCAGCUCUUGAGUCUCCGCUGGUUUUGCUUUGUCUGUGGUUGUGUGUGAGCACAUUAGUGUGUCUGUCUGCAGUCUCAUUCAUUCUAUGAUGCAAUAUCCUGUACCUCAGAUAUUUAAAAUUUGAACUUGUAUGACAGGCUUUAAAUCUUGUAUUUGUACAAGACUGUGAUCUGAAAUCCUGUUCAGAGGAGGAUACUCAGGUUUGUCUGAUCCAGGCGAUGGGUUAUUAUUGGUGUUUAACAUUUACCUGUGACUUUCCAAGAAUCUCACACAGAAUGAUGUACAAUUAUGGUAUAAAAACGUAUUCUGGUAUUGAUGUAAUGUGACUUGAUACCAUCACACAUCAUUUUUAAAUGAAAACAUUUUGCAGUUCUUUAAAUUUUUUAUGCAAAUUUGUCUUUAUUGUAUGAAGUGGAUGUUUUAUUAUUAAAGGUUUGACCCCUGGCUAUGUGGGAUGACGUUUUUAAGUCCAGAUUUUAAAAUACUUUAGCUGAAAAGACCCUAUGACAGUGUUACAAAAAUAUUCUGGAGUUUCUGAAGUGAGAUAGAAAUGUUGCCAGCUUUCCUUUUCUUUUUCUUAGGUUUGGCCUGUUUUAUACCUUUUGAAUCUGGAUGCAUGCCAUGUCCAUCAUCGGAGGAAGCCUGUCGUAGAAUAUACACGUGAUCACAUCUGGGAUUUUUCUUUGUAACUCUGCAUUUGCACUGACUAAACUGUCUUUCACAAAUGUUUGUUUUCUUCAAAGCCAUGCAAUGGCUUACGAAAGGCAUCGUGCUAUUACAAGUAUAAGUACCAGAUUCCUUUUUGCACGUUUUCUUCCAUUUCUUCAUUUGUCAUAGUCAAAUGUUCAACCAAGCAAGAAGUAAAUUUGCAUCGUGUCUGUUUUAAAGUGGUUGCACUGUUUUCUCCCCAUGCGUGUCAAUAAAUGGAGAUUAGUA